GUUUGUCUAUAGAUAUGUUAAUUUUCAGGUGACGGAGUAUGGGAACUGACAAUCACAGAACUGAAGGUAAACUCUGGCGAAGAUUUGCGAUACAGAAUAACAGCUUAUUAUAAAGAUGAUAUACAAGUCACAGAAUGGAGGACACAUAAAUUAGAAGGGUUACGGCCUGUUAGAAGCAUGACGAGAGCUGUCGUGUUUAGGGACGAUUUUGAUACUGUAACAUUUAACCAAAAAGAUUAUAAAAUAGACUGUACCGCAUGGGGUGGCGGAAACGGAGAAUUCCAGGUUUAUGUACCUGAGGAUGCCAAUUUGUUUACCAAAAAUGGGAAUUUUUUCCUUAAGCCAACACUUACAGUUGAUCACAAAGAUUUUGACACCAACAGGUUAUUCCGUGGACGAAUGAAUCUUAAAGAAAUGUACGGGUAUUGUACAAUGGCUGAUAACUGGGGAUGUGACAGAACAGCAGUGAAUGGUAAUGUACUGAAUCCAAUCAUGUCAGGAAAAGUUACAACAAAGGCAGCUAUAAAAUACGGAACCGUCACAGUUAGGGCUAUCAUUCCAAAAGGAGACUGGUUGUGGCCAGCAAUAUGGAUGUUACCACGUGACUGGCAUUAUGGUGGCUGGCCUCGUUCUGGGGAAAUUGAUAUCAUGGAAUCGCGUGGAAACCAGAAGGCUGUGUGUGGCGGUAAUAAUCACGGUAUUGGAGAGGUAUCAUCCACACUUCACUGGGGUACCUCGUCGAACCAUAACGCGUAUGGAAAAACGCAUGGAGAACGGGACAAGACUGAUGGUGGAGAUUGGCAUGGAUGGCACACAUAUAAGUUGGAAUGGGAUGCAAACCAUAUUAGAACAACUGUUGAUGGCCACGAAGUAUUGAAAGUAACAACGCCAUCUGGUGGAUUCUGGAACUGGGGAGGAUUUGGUGGUUCAAACAUCUGGGCCAGCGGAGGCAGGAAUGCACCUUUUGAUCAACCGUUCCAGUUGAUAUUAAAUGUAGCUGUCGGCGGGGGAUUUUUCUCCUCUGGAUGUCAGUAUGAUCACACGAGACCAUGGAGUAACUCGUCUCCAAGGAAAGAAAGAGAAUUCUGGGAUAAUCGUGGAGAAUGGUUGCCAACCUGGCAUGGUGAUAACGCUGCUAUGCAAAUCGACUACAUCGAAAUGGUUCAGGCUUAAUAAUGAUUUAUGCGUUUUUGCAAUAAUAAAUUUAAAUGUGUUUAUAA